GUCUUACGUUUCUAUACCGUAGAAUGUUUCAAGGCGACUGGUUGACCACGGCUUUAUGUGCAAAGCCGCCUAAUUCAAACCCUUUUCGAAAGCAACUUGAGAGCAAUUCAAGACAGACUGGACCUCGCCCGGCUAGCGACACAACCAACAAAUCAUUCAUUUCCAACGUCCAACAAUGGGGUUUGAUGGUAGAAGAAGAUUCUUAGCGCCUUGUUCGCGUUGCCACUAGACCUCUUGUGACUACACUUGCUCCUUAAACAGGAUUUCUUGCGGCAUUGGGAUUGGACCUUACCACGCAUGUGCAGGGAUCCGUUUUCAGAAUUAUGACUUCGAGAUUUGUGAACCCAUCACCACAGACUCACUCGUACAACUGAACGAUUUAAUGGCCAACAUAUUUGGCAUUGGACCCCUCUCAAUCUCACAAGUAAAGUUCAUAACCAUCCAACCCUGAUCAUGAGAGUUCCCCACUUUUAUUCAUCUUAAGAAGGUGCACCUUCCAAGGUUCCUUCAAAUCCCGUCCGUAGAGAGUCAUUUUUCUCAGGUACGUGACUUGAGUCCAAAAUACAAGGAAUCUGGUUCUUGAUAUGCCCAAGAAAGCUCGUGGUGCUCUUCCCGGAGCCAUGUCACUUCCUGGGGACAAUACACAACUUCCAGUUUACCGAAUUGUUGUGGUUGGCGAUGGAGGGGUGGGAAAAUCUGCCAUGACUUUACAGCUCAUCCAGAAGACGUUUGUGAUCGAGUACGACCCCACCAUAGAGGAUAACUAUAACAAACAUUGGGAGAUCGACGGAAAGAUUUGUUUGCUCAAUGUCCUGGACACCGCUGGUCAGGAAGAGUACAGCGCCAUGCGAGAACAGUUCCUUCGUCAAGGUGAUGGCUUCCUUAUCGUAUAUUCUGUCACUGAUACGACCAGCUUUGAAAGGAUCCCCAAUUUCAGGGAUCAGAUCAUAGCUGUGAAAGGAAAGGAAUCCCUUCCCAUGAUUUUGGUGGCUAAUAAAGUGGACCUGAACACCCGACGGAAAAUCACCGAGGAGCAAGGCCUGGAAAUGGCUCAAAAGCUUGGGAUGACAUACAUCGAGACCUCCGCCAAGGACCCUCCUCAAAACAUUGACGAGGCAUUCAGACAGAACAAUUACAAACAAUGACCUACCAUUUGCCAAGAAACUUAAUGUCAAGAUAUCACCUGCUAUGAUGAAUGCAAAAAGUCCCUUCGAGGGUUAUACAUGUUCUUUCGACUAGAUGCUGCAAAAACGAUAUUUGUCAACCUAAAACCCGUACUUUCUUCGCCUUUUCUCCUUGUUUCUUUAAUUACUAACUCACCACCUUCUGUCUACAAACCUGCACACAAAUCAAGCAAGCCAUUAGAUGGGUCAAAAUAAUUGUUGGCAUAUGGGUACUCUUUAAAACAGAAUAUCAUUAAUGAAAUUAAAGUUAAUUUUCAAAUUUUAGUCCCAGGUGUCUCAAUCAAUAGUCAAAAGAAAAAUACUUGCCAAAAAUGUUUUAGGUUUGUCUCAAAGCAUAAUGUGUUUAUGCAUUUUUCAAAUAUGAACUUCCUGUACAAUUGGACUUGUUUUUUUUUGUUUUUUGUUUUUUCCUUGCUAAUUCUCGGGUCUUUAAUCGAAUUCGCGAAGCAAGGGACUGAAAUUUCCUGUAAGUCAAGUAAUGCCAUAUUUUAUAAAAUAUUUGGUCAUGCAAAGCGUUCGAGCGUGACUCCCUUGAACAAAAGAUUGGUCUGGGAUUGUUAAUAAAAAAAAACGAUCCAGGUCUCGUCUGUAACUUAACAUUGGAAACAAGAUUCUUGUUGGAGGAGUAAAAAAGCAGGUCCAUCU